CUCCUCCCCUCUUUUGGUUCCUCCUUAACAUUCCUCUGCUCUGCAGCGAGCUCUUUCGUCUCAGACUUGUUACGUUUACUCUGCGCCGGAAGAAGAACCUGAGGACGCUUUUGGGACUAUGGCGGCGGUGGAUAUCCGAGAUAAUCUGCUGGGAAUCUCUUGGGUUGACAGUUCCUGGAUCCCUAUUUUGAACAGUGGAAGUGUCCUGGAUUACUUUUCAGAAAGAAGUAAUCCUUUUUAUGACAGGACAUGUAAUAAUGAAGUGGUCAAAAUGCAGAGGCUAACAUUAGAACACUUAAAUCAGAUGGUUGGAGUGGAAUACAUCCUUUUACAUGCCCAAGAGCCCAUUCUUUUUAUCAUUCGAAAGCAACAGCGGCAGUCCCCUACUCAAGUUAUCCCACUGGCUGAUUACUAUAUUAUUGCCGGAGUGAUCUAUCAGGCACCAGACUUGGGAUCAGUUAUAAACUCUAGAGUGCUUACUGUGGUACAUGGCAUUCAGUCAGCUUUUGAUGAAGCUAUGUCAUACUGUCGAUAUCAUCCUUCCAAAGGGUAUUGGUGGCACUUCAAAGAUCACGAAGAGCAAGAUAAAGUCAAACCUAAAGUCAAAAGGAAAGAAGAACCGAGCUCUAUUUUCCAGAGACAGCGUGUGGAUGCUUUACUCCUAGACCUUAGACAAAAAUUUCCACCCAGAUUUGUGCAGCAAAAGUCUGGAGAAAAGCCUGUCCCAGUGGAUCAGACAAAGAAAGAGGCAGAACCUAUACCAGAAACUGUAAAAUCUGAGGAGAAGGAGACCACAAAGAACGUUCAACAGACUGUGGGUACUAAAGGCCCCCCUGAAAAACGAAUGAGACUUCAGCUGAAUUGUGUCAUCUCACCCCCAAAAUGUUGAAGUCCUAACUGCCAGUACCUCAGAAUGUGACGUUAUUUGGAAAUAGGGUCAUUUCAGAUGUUAUUAGUUAAGAUGAGGUCUUGCUAGAGUAGGCUGAGACCCUAAUCUGAUGUGACUGGUGACCUUAUAAAAAGAAUGCCACAUGAAGAGACAAAGGGAGACACCAUGUGAAGAUAGAAGAUUGGAGUGUUGCAUCUACAAGCUUAAAAACACCAAAGAUUGACACCAAAUUACCAGAAGCAAGGAGGAGGCAAGGAAGGAUUCCCCUGUAGGUUUCAGGGGGAACAUGGCCCUGCACAUACCUUGAUUUUGGACUUCUAGCUUUGAGAUAAUAAAUUUGAGAACUUUGAGAUAAUAAAUUUCUGUUGUUUUAUUUUCCAGUUUAUACUCCCACCAGCAGUGUGUGAGAGUUCCUAUUGUCCACACCUUUGUUGACCCUUGAUACUGUCAACUAAAGAAAAUUUUAGUCAUUCUGAUGGGUAUACAGUGGUAUCUUGUUGAGGCUGAAAUUUGUAUUUCCUGGUGAUCUGAUGAUGUUAAGCUUUUUUUCCUGUGAUUGUUGGCUACUUGAAUAUCCGUUUUUGUGAAGUGUGUCUUUUGCACAUUUUUCUACUGUUUUGUCUGUGUUUGUCUUAUAGAGUAAGAAGAGUCCUUUGUAUGUUUGGAUAAGAAUCCUUUGUUGGUUACAUGUAUUGUGUUUAAAUGUAUCUUCUCUCCACUCUGGCUUGCCUUUUUACCCUUUAAUGGUGACCUAAAAAUGAUCAGAAGUUCUUAAUUUUAAUGUAGCUCAGUUUGUCAAUCUUCUCCUUUAUCGUUAAUGCUUUUUUGUGUCUUGUCUGAGGUUUUUCCCUACAUUGAGGUUAUGAAGAUAUACUCCUCUGUGAUUAUCUACAAGCUUUAUUAUUUUACACUUCACAUUCAGGAGUAUAGUCCAUUUGGUUGGGAUUGAUCUAUAAAUCAAUUUGGGGAGAAUUGACAAUUUAGCAGUUUAGCAAUAUCGAGUAUUCAGAACCACCGACUUGUUAUAUUCCUCCUUUUAUUUAGGUUUUCUUUAAUUUCUCAGAGUAAAGUUAUGAGCUUUCAGAGUACAGGUCUUAUACAUGUUUUGUUAAAAUUACCCCUAAGCAUAACGUAUUUUUUUGAUGCUGUUGUAAAAGAUGUUUAAAAAAUUUUAAUUUCCAUUUGUUUGUCUCUAGUAUAUAGACCUUGUAUCCUGUUACUUUACUAACUUCAAUAAUUAGUUCUGGUAGCUUUUUUGUGCAUUGCUUAGGAAUUUCUACAUCCAUGAUCAGUGUCAUCUGGGAAUAAAAAAGAGUUUUAUCUUCAAUCUGUAUACUUUUCAAAAAAUUGUGGUAAAAUAUAAAAAACAUAAAAUUUACCAUUUUAAGCACUUUAAGUAUACAAUUCAGUGACAUUAACUACAUUCACAUUGUUGCACAGCUAUCAUCACCAUCCAUCUCCAGAACUUCUUCAUCGUUCCAAACUGAAACUCUGUUCAUUAAACACUCCCUUUUUUCCCCUUCCUCCAGCCCCUGGCAACCACCAUUCUACUGAUGUCCUGAUGAAUUUGACUGCUGUAGGUAUCUCAUAUAACUGGAAUCAUACAGUAUUUGGUUUUUUGGCUUAUUUCACUUAGCAUAAGGUCUUCAAGGUUCAUCCAUAUUCUAGCAUGUGUCAGAAUUUCCUUUUUGAGGUUAAAUAAUAUUUUGUUGUAUGUAUAUAUGUAUGCACACACACAUUCUGUUUAUUCAUUCCUCAGUCCAUGGACAUUUGAGUUGCUUCCACCUUUUCACUAUUGUAAAUAAUGCUACUACAGGGACUUCCCUGGUGGUCCAAUGGUUAAGACUAUGCGCUCCCAACGCAGGGGGCCCGUGUUCGAUCCCUGGUCAGGGAACUAGGUCCCGCAUGCCACAACUAAAGGAGCCUGCAUGCCGCAACUAAAGAACCCUUGUGCUGCAACUAAAGAUCUCACACACAGCAAUGAAGAUCCCACAUCCCACAACUAAGACGCAGCACAGCCAAACGAAUAAAUAAAUAUUUUUUAAAAAAUAAUGCUGCUACAUACAGUGAUGUACAAAUAUCUGGCAAUACAUGUGGGAAGGGGUGCAGAGCCUCCGUGCCCUUUCUGGGUGCACCACUCUCCGAAUCUCCACAUGUUCACCGACCGGAAAGCUUUCAGAACCUUGUCCUUUUAAGGUUUUUAUGGAGGCUUCAUUACAUGGAUAUGAUUGAUUAAAUUAUUGGCUGUUGGUGAUCAAACCCAACUUCAACCCCCUUUCCAUCCCCAGAGGUGGGGGUGGGGUGGGAUCGAAACCCUCUAAUCACAAGGUUGGUUCCUCUGGUGACCAGCUCCCAUUUUUAGGUGACAUAGGGGCUUUCCAAAAGUCACCUCAUUAACAUCACAAAAGACACCUUUAUGGUUCUCCCCUCAGGAAAUUCCAAGGGUUUUAGGAGUUCUGUGCCAGGAAGAAGACCAAAUAUAUAUUUCUUAUUAUAAAUCACAAAAUCACACCUAAUAAUUAGUGAGGUUGACCAUCUUUUUAUGUGCUUAUUGGUCAUUUGUGUAUUUGUUUUUACAUAAAAUAUUUUAAUAAAAUUAAUUAUAAAAUUAAA